AUGUGGCGCGUACGUAUCUCUACUGAGAUGUACGAAGGGACUGACAACCUGAAAUACCUUUACGACCGUGCCGGGAAGACUUUCGCCGGCGGUCCUUCUGCGGCACAGGAUGUGCCGCAUCGUACUGCUCAACCAGACCCAGUACGUCGAUCAUCAGUUGGGAGCGGGGCUCCCAAGUAUCCCAGGACGGGGGAUAGCCGCGCCACCGGACGAGAUAACUCGUCCGACGUCCGUUCACGUCGCGGUGGUUCAACAGCCGCUCAACCAGAUAGCGCUGGCCACCGCGAGAGUCCUCUAAUGGAGGUGGAGGAGGAGGAAAGACGCUCUCCACACGAUCGUCGGGAUCCGUGUGGUCCUGAGAGCUUCUUUGAUCGCGUAACGCAAGGGUUACGCGGCGAUCUCGAACAUGAGCGGGACAGGCGUCUCCAAAUGGCGGGCACUGUCUCGAAGCAUCGAGCUGAGUUUGCCUUUGCUCAGCUUGAGAACGAGAGAGCUCUGACAUCUCUUCGUGACGAGCUAAGGUUAGCUCGUGGGAUUGCUGAUCGGUCUCGGGAUGAGAUAGCUGCUCUUCAGACCCUUGUUGAUGCCCACCAUCGGGAGCACAAGGCUCUCUGCGAGAUGCUUGAGCGCAAGGGCGUUCUUCAUCGGAAGAAGCAGCGUACUGAUGGUACGGCUUAA